CAAUCUCCACUCGUUUCAGAAGCCAUCAAUCAAUCAAGCAAUCUUUGCCUUGUUGUGAGCGAUUCCCAAAUCCCAAUCAAUAAGCCGAGAAAAUGUUGGCAGUGUUCGACAAAUCGGUUGCCAAAAGCCCCGAAGCUCUGCAGACUCCGCAUUCAGAGUCGGUUUCGGCUCUGAAAGAUGGGUUUUUGGCUCAACACUUCACGUCUGUUCAUCCUGGUUCGGUCACCAUCAACCUCGGCGCUUCGGGUUUCGUGGCCUACUCCAUGGAAAAACAAAACCCGCUUCUCCCCAGAUUGUUUGCAGUUGUGGAUGAUAUAUUCUGCUUGUUUCAAGGCCACAUUGAAAAUGUUGCUCAUCUUAAACAACAGUAUGGGUUAAACAAGGCAGCAAAUGAAGUGAUCAUUGUUAUAGAAGCUUACAGAACUUUAAGAGAUAGAGGUCCAUAUCCUGCUGAUCAGGUUGUGAGAGAUCUUCAUGGGAAAUUUGCGUUUAUUCUCUAUGAUUCCUCCUCAAAAACAACCUUUGUGGCUGCAGAUGCUGAUGGAAGUGUUCCAUUCUUCUGGGGAACUGAUUCUGAGGGGCAUCUUGUCCUUGGGGAUGAUACAGAGGUUGUGAAGAAAGGCUGUGGCAAAUCCUUUGCACCAUUUCCAAAAGGCUGUUUCUUUACGAACUCUGGAGGCUUGAGGAGUUUUGAGCACCCCCUUAACGAGUUAAAGCCGGUGCCAAGGGUGGACAGCUCUGGUCAGGUGUGUGGAGCAACGUUCAAGGUGGAUGCAGAGUCUAAGAAGGAAACUGGGAUGCCAAGAGUUGGAAGUGCUGCAAACUGGUCCCAGAACUACUGAUCCCCUAAUGACUACUAUUUUGGAAGGCUUUUGUUAUUAAAUAGCCUUCCAUCUAUCUGUACUUCCUAUUUCCUUCUAAAUUCACAUAUUGAUGACUGUUAAAUGGUACUGGAAGUAUAUUAUGUGAACCAAGAUAGCCGAUGUAUCUGUACAUCAUGUGAAGCUUUUCCCAGGCUUCUAAACUUUAUUAGAUGGAAUAAUUUCGCCUGUGUUCAGAGGCUUCUGUAGAUAAGGAAAUGUUGGUUUGUUGGGUUGAACCUGCUUCUUAAAUGGCAUCUUUGUUCAGGUUCACUUGUUCA